UGAGCACAACGUCACCUUGGAGACAGAAUCUGAAAAAAGGGCCCUGAACGAGUGAUUUCGUCUGAACUAUAUACAUCGAAAUCGCUUGUGAAGCUCUGAAAAAGUGCAGACAAGUGCUUUAUGGCUAUAUUUUCUUAACGUUGAUGGAAUUUUGACGAGAUUCGUAGCCGCAGGCGUUGGAAAUUCAAAGAAUAAUGUCGGAGGCGCCACAAGAAGAGGCUGCAAAAUCGCGAGCGGCUUCACCACCAAGCGGUGAAGUUGCGCCUCCUCUGAUCUCAAAUGCCAAAGACGAAGAAGCAAAGAAGGGGCCUAAAAGACGAGGUGCUCCAAGAUCGGCCGGCAGAACUGCCGCGAACACUGGCCCGAAGAAGGCAGUUACGCUCGUGACGGGUUCUGAAGCCAUGAAGGAAAGACAGAAACAAGCCAAGGCCCUCAAAGAAAAUCGCAAAAUGACGAUGGAUUCGAGACAUAACUUCAUACUAUCCAAGAUUGCUGAUUACGUAGGAGCAGAUUUGGCUGUGAUUGAAGACUUCGCGUUGGGAGAUGAUAAAUUUGACCAAAUUGAAGAUUUUUUUGCUACAGAUGGAUCAAGGAAAAUAAUGUUUUUCUAUCAGGAAUGCAAUAUAAACAGAGUCGACCUAAGCUCACAGGCUGCCAAUUCACCCAGAAAACUCUUUAUCACAGGAGGGAACACAGAGGAACUCUGUGGUACUUGCCUAAUAUUUCUCCGUUCAUCAACCAAGGCAAUUACAAUACAAAACAUUGCUCAGGAAGUAAACUUUAUGGCAAUGGAUGUGUCCAAGGGUGAUGUUCUAGAAGGAUUUCAAAAACUUCUUGGAAGUGUUAUGAUCCCUGCACUUCAGAAACAAGAGAAUUGGGGUGAGCUUCCAAGUAACAGUGGGCAAGUACAAGAAUUCCUGGAGUCGCUUGAUAAGUUUGUUGGAAUUUUGGGUGGAGCCAGAAGUAGCCUGAAAGGGAGAGUUCAGCUCGGUGAUCAUGACUUGGGACCAUUACUUGAUGGACUCAGAACCCCUACAGAUUAUGUACUUGCUGGUGAGAAGAGCUUAAGAACUAUGUUUUGAAUAGUUAACUAUGAUUAAGUAAUGUUUCAUGUGUAUCACUUGUACUAUCAACUGCUGCCCAUGGUCAGUGAAAUAGUUAAUGGGUGGGGCAGCGGGGGAUCAGUAGAGCAGUGUAGGUUGGCCAAACAGCACGCCGUAUCACUUGAACUAUCAACUGCGGCCCAACAGGUCAGUCAAGUAGUCAGUGGGGGAUUGGUGGAACAGUGUAGGUGGAUCGUUCAGUUGUUCAAGCAGAAUGAUGUUCAGCUGGUCUGUAAGAACCCCUUUUAUCAUGUGGACAAAAUGAGCCAAAUGCUAUGUUAUGACUGGCUACUCAAGCAGGCAGUACAUUGCUCUGUUGAUCACCUGCUGUUUCUGGCAAGGACAUAAUGGUAUUCCGUAUAUGACAUGAUAAAUCCUUAAUUGGCCAAGCCUGCUCAGUCAGUUGGAUCAUGACUAGAUAUUGCACACUUUUUUUUUUUAUAAUGCAAUUUUAUUUACAGGACGAACUCUUACACUACUUACAUCUACACGUACACAGUACUUGCUCCUUACCCUACUUAUACUUACACUAUUUAUACAUGCACUAGUCACAAAACAUCUAUUACCAUGCAAUAACGCUAAUUAAAUUACAGUUGGCUUACUUAUAAUGCUCUUUUUUUUAUUAAAGAUAAAUUACUUGGCAAUUAUCUAAAACGUAUCAA